AUGUCCGUCAGGUAAUUUCAAAAUGAGAGGAUGAUCUGCUGACAUUGGGUUUGUUUUCUGCUUCUAGGUCAGUGCUUGUGAACCGGUGGUGUCGGAAGAAGCUGAAUGAAUGGACGGGUCAGGGCAGAAGGGAAGUUUGCGUUCCAUGCUCUCCGCUGGCCGCGGGACACGGGCAGCACUCGGCCUCUGAACUGACCCGGAGUCGCUGGAGCUGUGGGACUCUGAGCACCUCUGAAGGGCGCCAUGAUGGAUAACCGGUUUGCUACAGCACUGGUGAUUGCUUGUGUGCUCAGCCUCAUCUCCACCAUCUAUAUGGCAGCUUCCAUUGGCACCGACUUUUGGUACGAAUACCACACCCUGUCCCCAGCUGAGAAUGUUAGUGAAGCUGGCAGAAGCAUCUUGGAGGAAUUUGACAGCAAGGAGGCAGAAGACCUACACAGACAAAACAAUUUAUUCUGUAACGGCACGGUUGGACUGUGGCGGAGGUGUAUCACUGUACCCAAAAACCCUCACUGGUACAUCUCACCAGAAACUGAUAUGACUACAAACUGCAUCAGUUUUUCACUCUCUGAUCAGUUCAUGGAAAAGUACAUAGAGCCUGGAAAUCACAAUAGUGGCACGGAUUUGAAUCGGACUUAUCUCUGGCGAUUGCAGUUUCUCCUGCCCUUUGUCAGCAUCGGCCUCAUGGGCUUUGGGGCUCUGAUUGGGGUCUGUGCUUGUGCCUGUCGCAGCCUUUACCCAGCCAUUGCCACUGGAGUCCUCCAUUUCCUAGCAGGGCUUUGUACGCUGGGCCUCGUUGGCUGCUAUGUAGCUGGGAUUGAGCUGCUGCACAAGAAGCUGCCUCUGCCUGAUGACGUGAGGGGUGAAUUCGGCUGGUCCUUCUGCCUAGCCUGUGUCUCGGCACCGUUGCAGUUUAUGGCAGCUGCUCUUUUCAUCUGGGCAGCUCGCACCAACAGAAAGGAGUUCACCCUCCUGAAAGCAUACCGUGUGGCAUAACUGUACUACAGCAGUAUGGGCUUUCCCUGUCACAGCCUCUGCUCCCCCUAACCUUUACUAUUUUCUUUUAGUCAGAAUUUUGUCUUGUACUGCAUGCUUCUUGCCAGUUGAGACAAUUUAGCCUGCAGGCCCUGAAGACAAA